GUCAAAGUGAAAGUAAAAGCAACUCGCAUCGGAUUACUUGACAGCAUCUUGCAAGAUUCAUAACCAGAAAAUACCUUCACAUGUUGCGGCCUGAAAUCAAGUCUCAUCCAGCAGGAAAAGAAGCAGAAAAACAUGUAAAAUGAGUGUCUACGAGGAGAAAGAGCAGGACACUCCUGUAGACACUCGUAGAGCAGCAUCUCCAGGAUUCAGCUGUGUGUCUAUGAAGAGUAACAACUCCAUGCUUCAGCCCCCUGAACUCAGUGAUGGACCUGCUGUGAAAAGAAGCAGAAAAGCCUGUAAAAUGAGUGUCUACGAGGAGAGAGAGGAGGAGAAACCUGACUGUGAAAUGAGUGUGUAUGAGGAGAAAGAGCAGGACACUCCUGUAGACACUCGUAGAGCAGCAUCUCCAGGAUUCAGCUGUGUGUCUAUGAAGAGUAACAACUCCAUGCUUCAGCCCCCUGCACUCAGUGAUGGACCUGCUGUUGGUGGGAGAGAUGACCAGAUCAGACGUGUGUCCUGUCAGAAAUGCAAGUCCUCACACUGUCACUGUCACAUCAGUCAUCAUGACACAGAAACAGAUCUGCAGCUCAAUUCUCACCAACCAGUGCAUGAUGAUCUGCAGAGAGUCAAAGACCAGCACAAAACCAGCAUGAAGAGCAAGUAUGAGUGCUUAUUUGAGGGAAUCAAACUACAAGAGAAUCAAACCCUCCUGGACAGGAUUUACACACAGCUGUACAUCAUAGAGGGAGAAAGUAAAGGGGUGAAUGAAGAACAUGAGGUGCUACAGAUGGAGAAAAGUUACAGGACACUCCAAGACACUCCAAUCAACUGCAAUGACAUCUUUAAUCCUUUACCUGAACAAGGAUAUGAGGAGAAGACAAGAGAGAUGAAAGACGAAAUAAAGACCAAAAUAAAGACUGUUCUUACUAAAGGCAUCGCUGGAAUUGGAAAAACCGUCUCUGUGCAGAAGUUCAUUCUGGACUGGGCCGAAGGAAAAGACAAUCAGGAUGUAGAUUUCAUGUUUGUGCUUCCAUUUCGAGAGCUGAACUUGAUUAAAGAUCAUCAGUACAGUCUUCACAGACUUCUGAUUGGCUUUUAUACUGAACUUCAAGACCUGGACUCAAAGAUUUAUAAUGAUUGUAAAGUUGUGUUCAUCUUUGAUGGUCUGGAUGAAAGCAGAAUUUCACGGAUGUUUUCAGACAGUCAGAAAGUUUCUGAUGUGACUGAGAUUUCAUCAGUGAGUGUGUUGAUGUCAAACCUCAUGAAAGGAGAUCUGCUUCCCUCUGCUCUCAUCUGGAUCACCACCAGACCAGCAGCAGCCAAUCAGAUCCCCUCUAAAUACAUCAACCGUGUGACAGAAAUUCAGGGUUUCAAUGACCCUCAGAAGGAGGAAUAUUUCAGGAAGAGGAUCAGUGAUGAGCAUCAAGCCAGCAGAAUCAUCUCACACAUCAGAAGAGCAAGAAGCCUCCAUAUCAUGUGUCACAUACCCGUCUUCUGCUGGAUCUCAGCCACUGUGCUUCAAAACCUCCUGAAACAAGAUCUCAGUGCAGAAAUCCCUCAAACUCUGACUGAAAUGUACAUCCACUUCCUGCUCAUUCAAACACGUAUGAGGAACCAGAAAUAUGAAGAGAGAGAUCCAGAGAAACUUCUGCAGUCCAACCGCAAAAUUAUUGUGAAACUUGCUGAAGUAGCUUUCAAUCAGCUGAUGAAGGGCAAUGUAAUCUUUUAUGAGAAGGACCUGAGAGAGAGCGGCAUUGACGUCACUGAUGCCUCAGUGUAUUCUGGGAUUUGCACUGAGAUCUUUAGGGAGGAAUCUGUGAUUAAUCACAGGAAGGUUUACAGCUUUGUACAUCUGAGUUUUCAGGAGUUUUUUGCAGCACUGUAUGUGUUUUACUGCUAUUUACACAAGAACAGUGAGAUUCUGAAAAUGUUCCUGACUGGAAUGUCCAGAACUCAGUGUAAAAAUGUUCCUCUGGAUGAGUUUCUGAAGGGAGCAAUGAAUAAAGCCUUGAGCAGUAAAAAUGGACACCUGGAUCUUUUCCUUCGAUUUCUUCAUGGCAUCUCACUAGACAAUCAGAGACUCUUACAGGAUGUACUGAUACACACAGAGAACAACCCAAAGAGCAUCAAGAAGAUAAUCCACAACCUCAAACAAGAUCAACAUAACAAUGUCAGCCCUGACAGAUGGAUAAAUCUGUCACACUGCUUGAUUGAGAUGAAGGAUAACUCUGUUGUUGAAGAAAUGCAGGCAUUUUUAAACUCUAAAACAAAAACUGAAAGUCUUUCUCUUACACAAUGCUCAACUUUGGCAAACAUAAUCCUGAUGUCAGAGGAGGUGCUGGAUGAGCUUGACCUUAACAAGUACAACUUCAAGACAACAGUGUGUCGAUGGAGACUGUUACCUGCUGUGAGGAACUGCAGAAAAGCUCU